AUGCGUUCCUUCCUCGCUACUCUUUUCAUCGCCGGUGCCGUCGCCCAGACGACAAGCGACUUCUUGAAGUGUGCGAACGCGGCCUUUGGAAGCGUCGACACCUCCAAGCUCAGCGACUGCUCAGACAAGGAUAGCACGGACUGCUUCUGCGCCAACAAAGACGCAAUCAGCAGCCUGACCAAGGACGCCGAGGAUGUCUGCGCCGACGCCGGUGUUGACUUGAACGACCUGUCCAGCUCCCUGUGCGGCGACAGCGACCGCAUGGCCAAACCCGCCCGCAAAGCCAGCCACCCCAUGGAGCGCGUCGGCAGCAGCAACAACAACAAGCGCGCCUACAUGCCCGAAGCGUCGGCGGCCUCUGCCGCGCCGCGCGUAGUCUACGUAACCGAGACCCGCACCGAGUGCGCCUGCAAGAGCAGCAAGACGCCCCUGGACCCAAUGCACAUCUCCCAGAUCCCCGUCGACGUCCCCGCCAGCAGCAGCAUGAUGGGCGGCAUGGCGGCGGCGGCGACGCCGGCGUCGUCGUCGUACGGCGCGAUGGUUGUCGCGUCGUCGGCUUCGGCGUUCGGGUCUGCGUCCGGCACUCCCACGCCCAGUGGUGCUAGUGCGCGCUACAAUGCUUUCCAGGGCGCGGCGCCCAAGGUUGGGGCAGUGCACAGUGGGGUUGCGGCAUUGGGGGUUGCUGCUGUUAUGGGGUUGAUGGUUGCCCUGUAA